GGAGAUGCAGGUUUUGCUCUGUCUCGUUUUUGCCUUUGGUCUUUUUGGUCAGUAUAGGUUAACACCUUUACCAGAUAUCAGGGAAGAUAAUGGAUCAGUCCAUCCAACGACACCUGCUCAGAAUGACCUGUCUCUGGCAACUAAAUACCUGCAGCGAUUCUACAGUUUCCAGGCAGAUCUCACAGGCCGCAGGAGGAGAAGUCGUCCCUCUUUCUCUUCCAAAUUGAAGGACAUGCAGAGUUAUUUUGGACUCAACAGAACAGGUACCCUAAACCCGGAGACGCUUGUAGUGAUGAGGACACCCAGAUGUGGUGUCUCAGAUGUGGAAGAUUACAGUCACAGACGUGGUAACAGGUGGAGGAAAAACCUCAUCACUUAUGGUGUUGGGAGGUAUACCAGUGACUUACCAGUGAAUACAGUGGACUCUCUGAUUGCAUUGGCUUUGGAUGUAUGGGCAAAGGCCAGCCCUCUUACCUUUCUCAGGUCAUACUCUCACCAGGCAGAUAUCAUGGUGGAGUUUGUAAGUAAUGAACAUGGUGACUCCUUCCCUUUUGAUGGUCCUGAAGGCACACUGGCUCACGCUUUUGGCCCAGGGGAAGACAUUGGUGGGGACGUUCACUUUGACGAAGCUGAAGCGUGGACAGCUGGGCCUAAAGGAUUUGACCUGUAUCUGGUAGCUGCACAUGAGUUUGGUCAUGCACUUGGUUUGAAACACUCGCAAAACCCAGAAUCAGUGAUGUAUCCAACAUACAAACAUAGAAAAACAUACAAUCUUCUCUCCAGUGAAGAUAUCAUAAAUAUCAACACACUAUAUGGUCCAAGGAACAAACAGCCCUCUCCAUCUUCAAGAUUUAGUUGGAGUUAUCCCAAUAACCCCUGGUACAGUGGUUCUUAUUUCCCUGUACCAUUAAAGGACAUGUGCAAUGCCGACCUGACUUUUGAUGCAGUGACUACUGUAGGAGAAGCUAUUUUCUUUUUCAGGGACAAGUACUUGUGGAUCAAGCACAAUAACCAAAAUGAUAUAAAGGAAGGACCCAUCAGCAAUUUUAUGCCAAAUAUUGAUCGUAAGAUCGACUCUGCGUAUUGGGUGCCACAGCGAUCAACAGCCUAUCUGUUCAAUGGGACCAAUUUCUGGACUGUUAAAGGAUCCCAAGUAAAAUUCAGAACAAAAAACAUCAGCAGCCUGGGGUUCCCAUCAUGGGUACCGCAGAUAGAUGCUGCGGUCCACAUUCACAAAACUGUGCACACUCUGUUCUUCACUGAGCACUUGUACUGGAGGUAUAAUGAACACUACAAGACUAUGAACGACUCAAGCCCUCGUAACAUUUCUGAUGAUUUCCCAGGAAUAAAUGGACCCAUAAGUGCAGCGCUUUAUAAAGAUGGUUCUCUUCAUUUCUUUGUUGGCUCAGAUGUGUACAAAUAUGACUUCAAACAACAGGAAAUUAUUGGAGCUGAUAAAACCACUUCCUGGCUUGGAUGUUAACAGACAUUCUUUAGACUAAUAGCUGCUAAACCUAACUCCUUUUUAAUGGUGCAUUGAGUAAUUUUUCAAUGUAAAAAAUACUGAUGUGUUGACUUCCUUGAGUGUAAACACUGUGUCUCUGUGGUGCUUUCAAAACAUUGUACUGUUUUAGCCAAUAAUGUCUGUAAUGUGUGUUUGAGAGGUCUGACGUGGCUUUUGGCACAAUUGACUUUUUUUUGUUUGUUUGUUUUUUACAGUAUAUACAAAUUUUAA